AUGUCAAAAGCCGAGUCCUCCAAAGCCGCCGCCAGCAAUGGCGUCAAACCCAACCCCAAUGCGGCCGGUGGUGCAAACUACGAGCUGCCAUGGGUAGAGAAAUACCGUCCGGUCUACCUCGAUGAUGUCGUCGGCAAUACCGAAACCAUUGAGCGCCUCAAGAUCAUCGCCAAAGAUGGCAACAUGCCCCAUAUGAUCAUCUCUGGUAUGCCUGGUAUCGGCAAAACCACGUCCAUCCUCUGUCUCGCACGCCAACUCCUCGGUGAUGCCUACAAAGAGGCUGUCCUCGAACUCAACGCCUCGGACGAACGUGGUAUAGACGUUGUACGCAACAGGAUAAAGGGCUUUGCGCAGAAGAAAGUCACACUUCCUCCGGGCAGGCAAAAGCUAGUCAUCCUCGACGAAGCGGACAGCAUGACCAGUGGUGCACAACAGGCUCUGAGGAGGACAAUGGAGAUAUACAGUGCAACAACUCGAUUUGCAUUCGCUUGCAACCAGUCGAACAAGAUCAUCGAGCCGCUACAAUCGAGGUGCGCCAUCCUCCGAUACGCCCGCCUUACCGAUGCGCAAGUCGUGCGCCGCGUCAUGCAGAUCUGCGAAGCUGAGGACGUGAAAUACUCAGACGAUGGAAUUGCGGCACUGGUAUUCUCAGCGGAGGGAGAUAUGCGACAAGCCAUCAACAACCUGCAGUCGACUUUUGCUGGGUUCGGCUUCGUUAAUGGCGACAAUGUCUUUAGGGUGGUCGACAGCCCGCACCCCAUCAAGGUGCAAGCCAUGAUCAAGGCGUGCCAUGAGCAGCGUAUCGACGAUGCUCUGACAUCACUGAAAGAGCUGUGGGAUCUGGGAUACUCGUGUCACGACAUCAUCAGCACAAUGUUCAAAGUUACAAAGACGAUUGACACGCUGAGUGAGCACGCAAAACUGGAAUUCAUUAAGGAAAUUGGCUUUACCCAUAUGCGCAUUCUUGAAGGCGUACAAACCCUUCUGCAAUUGUCUGGCUGUAUUGCGCGCUUGUGCAAGAUCAAUAUGCAGCCUCAGCUGUUCGCACUCCCUACGUCGAAAUGA